AUGUCUUCUCCACACAACAUGAUAGAUCAAACAAAUAAUGAAAAUGUACAUCCAGUCGAACUUAGUGUAUAUUCUAUAUUGUCAAGUAAUUUAGACGGAAUCCAACAAUCUAUUAACGAAUUAAGGGAAUCUCAAGCUAUCUUAAUAAUUACAAUGAGAAAGAUAAGCCAAUCGUUGGAUAUGGAGGAAAGAUUGUUACAUGAUAUAAAUGAGUAUAAACUUUGGUGUAAGGAAUUGAAUCAUCUGGAAAAACGAUUGAAAAAAUUAACUAAAAGAUAUUCAAAAUUAGUUCAAAGAAACCAAGCACUUUUAGAAUUUUCCAAUAAUAUAAAAGAUAAAUGA